UUUUUUUUUACCCAGAAAUGACUAUUGCAAAGAUACCUUUUGUGUUUAUGGCUGCGGCAUUGGCAGAAAAUGGUGGCAUUGGUUAUAAAAAUGGGUUACCUUGGAGCAUUCCUGGCGACUGGAGUUAUUUCGAAAAUACAACAAAGAAAUCUUAUGGUCAAGAAAAGUAUGUCCACAAGGAAGCAACGGAAUGGAGUAAUGUUGUUAUUAUGGGUCGCCAUUCCUUUGAAGCAAGACCAAUGUUGAAAGAACCUUUAGCAAAUAGAUACAAUAUAGUCGUUUCAAGAAAUCCCCACUACGAUUUUGGCACAUCAUCUAUUGUGGAGCUGGUUACCAGCUUGGAUGAGGCUUUCAGGAGAGCGGAAGCACUAGUGAAAGGGGAUGGUCGUAUCUUUAUGCUGGGUGGAGAAGAGAUCUAUAGACAAAGUAUCACUUUGCCUGAAUGUACCCAUGUCUUAAUCACCAAUAUCUACAGCUCUUUACCUGUUCCUUGUGAUACAUUUAUACCUAAAAUCGACCCUUCCGUCUUUAAAUUAGCCAGUCAUGAUGAGUUGGAAUUAUUUUUGAAAGAAAGCGUACCAAAGGGAAAGCAAACACAUGAACAUUUUGAGUACGAAUUUGUAUUAUAUUUGAGAAAAUAAUAAAAAUCAUGAACCCCCCACAAAAUAUUUAUACA